GAUGUUUGGAGGAGAUGUCAGAUGAAGUGUGUGUGGAUCAUCAUCAGUCGUUCACGUGCUGAGUUUGACCGGACGCAUCGCGCGCACACUCAUGUCUGUUCACGGCGCUCGAGCGUCAAGGAAUGCGUGAGGCGAUUAAACUCUCCUUCAGAGGGACCGAGCUGGAGAUCUGUCCGUCAGGAGACCGGGAUUAUUGGGUUGCUGUCGAGUUCUGCCGUCAGAAGAUCUGUAAAUGAAGAUUUCUGCCGUUUUACACCUUGCUUUCGCGGGUUUACUUGACGUCUAUUCUCACGUGAGUUCAGAUGAACACACAGGUGUGUGCCAUCCCGCCAGAAUGUGAUCUAGAGUUUAUGCUACUCAGAGAGGAGGAAGACUGCUUCCAAAUCAUCCAUCAAGAGAACCUGACAGACACCGGGUCCACACACACAGGUUGCAGUGCUUUAUGGGAUGAUCUGAACUGUUGGCCUCAUGCUGAAGUGGGAGAGACUGUGUCUCGGCCGUGCCCCAAUUUUCUUCGGGUCAAAGGAGCUGUGAUGAAAAACUGCACGGAGAAUGGCUGGUCUGAAAUGUUCCCGCCGUACGAGCUCGCCUGUGGCCAUGGGCUUAACGACAGCUUUCAUAUCCCCACCGACUCGGGACUGGUCUCACACGAGUAUUUCUUUUAUGUGAAGAUCAUGUAUUCUGUGGGAUACGCCAUCUCUCUCGUCUCUCUCAGCAUUGCUCUCACAGUGUUGUGUGUGUUCAGGAAGCUGCACUGCAAUCGUAACUUUAUCCACAUGCAGCUUUUUUUGUCCUUCAUCCUGAGAGCCAUCUUCAUCUUCAUCAGAGAUGCUGCGCUGCAUUACUCACAGGAGUACUACCACUGCAAUUCUCAUCCGCCUGGCUGUAAAGUGGCACUGUUCCUGUCUAAUUACUGCAUCCUGGCAAAUUACAGCUGGCUGCUGGUGGAAGGUCAUUAUCUCCACAGCCUCAUUAACCUCUCACUGCGUUCACAGAAGAAACGCCUGCACUGGUACAUCCUGCUCGGCUGGGGGAUACCAAUGCUCAUUAUUAUCAGCUGGAGUUUGGCCAAAUACCUGCACCAGGAUGAAGGAUGCUGGGAGACGAGAGAUCAUGGCUGGAUAUGGUGGAUAUUGCGAGUACCAGUCAUUAUUUUCAUCACAGUAAACAUGCUGUUUUUUCUGAGUAUUAUCCGGACGUUGGUGGCAAAACUGAAAGCUCCUGACAUGCAUGGAAAUGAAAUUAAUCAUCAUAGAAAACUGGCGAAAUCGACAUUUCUCCUAGUGUCCCUGUUUGGGCUGCAGUAUGUGCUCUUUGCCUUCUUCCCGGAUCGAGUGAGCGUGCUAACCUUCAAAAUCUGGAAUUUCAUUGAGCUAGCAUUAGCAUCCACACAGGGCUUUAUUGUGGCACUGCUGUACUGCUUUUUAAAUGGAGAGGUACAAUAUGAAGUCCACAGGCGGUGGAGACGGUGGCGGCUGAAGCAGUGUUUCCACGGUGAUCCCAGGGUGCAUCAUGGAUCCCUGAGUAACAGUGGCCUGCCUCUGACACAGGUCUCACUGCUGACACGCCCCAGCACACAGAUCACCUGACCACAACCAUCAGAUCACCUGACCACAACCAGCUGAUCACCUGACCACAACGAUCAGACUGUGUGAAUGACACACCAAUUCGUAUUUCCAUUUUUGGCGUGCUGUCAACACGUAUAAUUACUUUUCAGCGUGUUUAUGAACGCCGUUGAC